CUUCAUUCCAGCCUUUCAUCUGCAGGAAAGCAUGCCGUUGCAGGGUAAAAGGGGGCGUCUGGAUCUGGCGUCAAGAACUCGUAGGUAUAAGUACCUUGCGGCCCAGCGGACAGGAGCGACGCCUUGUACAGCUUCCCUGACCCGCUGUUUCUAUCAUCACCAUGCUCGUCUUUCUGGGCCUUUUCUUGCUCAGCACUCUUGCAACGGCCGACUUAGCAGCGGUGUCGUGUCCUGCCCAAGCUAGCUGCACUGGUUUCGUUGGCAGUAUCGCGUCUGCCCUCAAAGGCUAUCCGCAGGCCUCGACUUUCUGCUCAGACAAAUUCCCAGUGCCCAGUCAGACUUGCACGUCUGUCGCUCCUACAUUAACGAUUACUGUUACAGCAGUAGCAGCUACCGCGACUACGACUGUUGCAACGAAUACGAUAACCGACACCGCUAGCACGAUCACGAAUACGGCUACGAUCACUGUCACGCCUACGAUCACCACCACAACUGUCGAAACAGAUAGCGAGACUGACACAACGACGGUCACUGCGACUAUUACUUCCUACCAGUCCGCGAUCAACAAACGCGACAGGCAUGGCGAACGAGGUGGCGACCCUCGAUCGUCGAAACUCAAGAGCCUCCAGUCGGAGGCAUCGUCUUUCGUCGGCGCUGUCUGCACCUGCCUCGAAACGCCAGCCUCGACGACUGCCACGAUUACACCAACUACAAACACCACAGUGACGCCUACUGUGACUACACGCGUCACUCAGACGACCACAAGGUAAGAGAUUGUCAUAUAGCAGCGGUGUGAGUUCCUAAUCUGGGCAUGCAGCACCAUCACCCCUACCGUCACGACUACGUCAACCUCGACCGCAGCUCCGGUG